UUGGGCGAUUUAUCCGCUGUACAUCAUUUGGUGGCGCGAGCAGCAGAAUGUCCAGCAAAAUGGAAGAACAUCGUCAUUAUUUCAUGUAUGGUUCUAAACUGAAGUUUGACGAAGAUUCAACACUCGAAUUCAAGGGGCAUAGACUGAUUUCUCAUGCUGAUAUAUCGAAUCCGAAAUCAUUCAACAAAAAGCAGACGAAUCAAACAAAACUCCCUCGUACCCGACAAGCUGUGUCUCGUUGUCUGUGCGCUUUCCUUAACACGGGGAGUGGAGGUGACGUUUAUCUUGGAGUAAAUGACGAAGGGCGGGUUAUUGCUUUGAAGCUAUCUCUGCGACAGAUGGAUCACUUACUGCUUCAGAUUGUUCAAGUGUUUGACAGUUUUAAUCCACCCGUUCCAAACUAUAUGUGGUGGUUGGCAUUCAUUCCCGUGGUAACAUCGAGGUCAGAAGUUCACGAGCGGUUAGAUCUGAUACAAGAGUGGAGAUCUCUCAAAUAUGAUGACGUAAAACGGUCUGUUGCGCACAGAUUCCCAUCGCAUGGUCUUUGCUGGUGCGAUGUCACGCAGCAUACGGAGAUGAGUCAUCAAUACGUUGUUCGUAUUCACCUGAAGUCAUCGAAAAUGAAAAAAUCAGAAAACAACCGACUUUGUCUUCCAACUAUUUAUCAAUGUGAUAACGGGAAAGCUUAUUUUCGAAACUGUGCUAGUGUUCUGGGACAUACGCCACAACAAGUAGUUCGUCACACACGAGAUUGCAUCGAAUAUCAUUAUCAGCCCAUUGUCGAUAAAUUAAAAGAAGAACUGAAAGCACUCCUACGAUAGCUUUAGAUGAUUGGAAUAAACAAAAUUUGCACCAAAUUCAAAGUACACAACAUAUUUCAUUGGUGACGUUAUAUUUAUUGUCCACACCAUCCCUGCUAUUCGUCGAAAUAUUUUUCAAAUGAUUUGAAGACUUUCUUUAAUGUU